GCAGUUCCACUGCUACGUUUGCUGGGCAUAUAGAGACACUGCUGUGUGUCUGAGUGGGAGAUGGACUGAGUGAGGGCGCUCUUUCGACCAGUGCGCUGCCAAUAGUAUUGAAAUACCCACAAGCUAGCUAGGUUGAAAUAAUUGACGUUUUUAGGUCGCCGAAUCAACUAGAAAAACAUAACGUUAUUAAUCUUUCACAUCCCACUCCAAACACACUAACACGGCAUUGAUGGUAAUGUAUGCAAGGAAACAACCGAGACUCGGCGAUGGGUGCGACCGAAGAGAUUCUCAGCCCUAUCAGGCUCUCAAAUACUCGUCCAAGAGCCAUCCAGGAGGGGACCAUCGACAUGAAAAGAUGCGAGACUCCUCAGAUGUCACUCCUCCCUGCAAAAUGCUCAGGAGGUCUGACAGCCCUGAAAACAAACACAUCGACAGCACAGGGCACAGCAGAGCAAAGGCUGUCCAUACACACCGGGCCAGAGACAGGGAUGGAGGGACCAGUUUUUCUCCACAAGAAAAUUCUCACAACCACAGUUCCCUUCAUAGCUCCAACUCACAUUCUAACCCCAGCAAGACCUCAGACACGCCUUACGAACCUGGUGACGACUGGUCAGAGCACAUCAGCUCGUCUGGAAAAAAAUACUAUUACAACUGCAGGACAGAGGUGUCCCAGUGGGAGAAGCCCAAAGAAUGGCUGGAGAGAGAACAGAGGCAAAAAGAGGCCACAAAGACUGCGAUUGUCAACAGUUUUCCCAAAGACAGGGACUACAGAAGGGAGGCCAUGCAAGCAUCGGCGGCCCCUGGCUUUACUGGUUCUAAGUCAAACCAGGUAGACAAGCCUUCAGCAACACUUGCCUCCCAAUCAUCAUCUUCUGGCUCAGGGAGCUUGAACCCCUCAUCAGGGCCCCCUGGAUCAUCUGCCUCCACGGUGCCUGUGUCCCCAGUCCUGCAGUCCCCCACCCCCCCACUACUCCAGGACCCCACACUGCUUCGCCAGCUUCUCCCAGCACUUCAGACUGCCCUGCAGCUUAACAAUGCCAGCGUGGAUAUGGCAAAAAUCAAUGAAGUUCUCACAGCUGCUGUCACACAAGCUUCAUUACAGUCGAUGCUCCAUAAGAUUCUCACUGCUGGACCAUCAGCUUUCAAUAUCACUACUAUCCUCUCUCAAGCUGCUCAACUCUCCAACCAAGCUCAACAAUCAAACCAGUCACCCAUGUCGUUAACAUCGGACGCCUCAUCGCCCAGGUCUUAUGUUUCUCCAAGGAUUAGCACACCACAGACCAACGCUGGUCCCCUUAAACCUCUCCUCAGCACGCAGUCAGUCAUCUCACAGUCAAAAGUGGGCACGCAAGCAGGGAAGCAGGCAUCUCAUCCCCAGCCCAUCUCCCAACAGUCUCUCUUCAGCGAUAAGCAGCACAGUCAUGAUGCCACAACGGCCUCUCCGCGCACUCUGCAGCGCCAAGGCAGUCAGAGGAGUCCCUCUCCGGGUCCCAACCAUGUCUCCUCCAGCAGCAGCAACACCUCCAAUUCUGCCUCCGCUCCCCCCACCACCUCAGCAGCCCGACCCUCCUGCUCCUUCACCCCCACCCUCGCUGCCCACUUCAAUGAGAAUCUUAUCAAACAUGUGCAAGGUUGGCCUGCUGAACAUGCAGAGAAGCAGGCAUCAAGACUACGCGAAGAGGCUCACACCAUGGGGAGCAUCUGUAUGUCUGAGAACUGCACUGAGCUCAAAAACCUCCGGUCCUUGGUCAGAGUCUGUGAAAUCCAAGCAACAUUGCGUGAGCAGAGGAUACUGUUUCUGAGACAGCAAAUCAAAGAACUUGAAAAGUUGAAGAAUCAGAAUUCUUUCAUGGUCUGAGAAUUCUUUUUUGCGGUUAAAGCGGGGUUUGGGGAAAAAGGGGGAAAGAACCCAUUGCAAAUUGGAAGCGGAGGGACAGUUGUUAUUCCUUUUGAGCCCUCUUACACACACAAAAGCUGCUCGGUUUGGGCUUUGGGACCGCGGGCGGGAAAACCCAAAAGAGGAAAAAAAUGAAGAUUUUGGGGGGAAGGGUGGGACUCGGUUUUGUAAAAACCCAUGGUGGGAAAACUUGAUUUCUUGUAGUGUUUUUACUUUUUUGAAAAUUGUUUUGUGUUUGAAGCCAGGGAAAAGCCCAUGCCUUAAAAGUUUUUGACAUCCAAAAAAUCACGCCUAGGGGGCUCAUUCAUUAGCUAGCCUUUCUUUCAUGUUAACUUUUCUGCAGAAUUAAAGCUUCAUUUUGUUAAUU